GAUGCUCUCCAACCACAUUGCUGAGGCCACCUGGCCACCAGUCCUGCACUUCGAGUUUCAUGGUUGCAACGAGCUGCCUAUAGGACGACGAAAAAUGGUAUUCGACCAUUUCGAAGCUUUGAGAAAUGAAGAGUGUCCAGUUUAUGUCGACGCAACGAGGAGUCCGAUGACGCCGUUUAAGGAACCGGGACAUCCUGCUGCUGUUGGGCACAUCACAACUUCUGAAACCAGUACUCAACAUCUGACCGGAUCAUCAAAGAACGACCCUAUUAACAAGAGGAAAGAUCUUGGUCUCUUACGUAAUGUAGCGAG